AUGUCCAAAGACAAAUCAUCAUCACUUUCAAUUUCAUCUACUGAUUUAACAACUUGUAUCAAAGUUCUUUCAACGUUUACUAAUAAUGGUGAAUAUUCAUCAAUUGAAUCAGAUGAAUUUGACAGUAUCCGAACAAUACUAUGUAGUUUAUAUCACAUUGAAAAACAUCUUAAUAAAAAGACAAAAAAACCUUAUGAACGCCCAAUAAAAUUAAUUGAUCAAAAAGCAAUUCGUUUACGUCGAGCUAAAAAAUUUCAACCACAACAUAGUAUUAUACCUGAUAGUAUUGUACAAAUUGAAACAAUAAAUGACGAUAAUAAAAAUCAUACAACACAACAAUUAAAUGACUCAACAUUUUGUUAUAUAUGUAAAUUGAAAUAUGAUAGAUUACAUUUUUUUUAUAAUCAACUUUGUCCAUCAUGUGCAAAAUUUAAUUAUGAAAAACGUAUACAAACAACGAAUCUUACUAAUUGUAUAGCUUUAGUUACUGGUGGUCGAAUUAAAAUUGGUUAUCGAAUUGUUUUAAAAUUAUUACGUGCUAAUUGUUUUGUUAUAACAACAAGUCGUUUUCCAAUGGAUUUUUUAAAUCGUUUAAAUAAAGAACAAGAUUUUGAACAAUGGAAAGAUCGUAUAAAUAUUUAUGGAAUUGAUUUUCGAUAUUCUCAACUUGUAGAAUUAUUCACAGAAAUGUUAAUUGAAAAAUAUGAUCGAUUAGAUUUUUUAAUUAAUAAUGCAAGUCAAACAAUUCGACAAUCAAAAGAAUCUUAUCAACAUUUAUUCCAUCAUGAAAGAUUAAUUAAUUAUUCUCUUUUACCUAAUGAUCAACAAAAGAUUUUAAAUGGAAAUCUACAAUUCUAUGAACGAUUAGUACCAUUUUCUAAUCCAGUUCAACAAACAUCAUCAUCAUCAUAUCCAUUAUGUUUACCUUAUACAAAUGAUUCAAACAAUAGUCCUAUACAAACAUCUAUAAUAGUCAACCAUACUUCAUUUGAUGUAAACCAACAAAUCAUUGAUUUUCAUUCAACAAAUUCUUCGUUAUCACGUCUUGGUGAUUUAUCAACAAUAGAAAUGAAUGAAGCUCUUACUAUAAAUACUUUAGCACCAUUUAUUCUCAAUAGUAAACUUAAAGUACUUAUGGCUGAUAAACAUCCAAAUCCAGAUAGUACUAAAUUUAUUAUUAAUGUAUCAUCUACGGAAAGUUUAUUUUCUCAAUCGAAUAAAACUGAUCAACAUUCACAUAUAAAUGCCACAAAAGCUGCAUUAAAUAUGAUGACACGUACAUCAGCUAUAGAUUAUCAAAAAUCAAAUAUCUUUAUGGUUUCUGUUGAUACAGAUUUGAUUAAUGAUAAUAAUUCAUUAGAAAAAACAAUGAUUGAUCAAGAUUAUCAGAUACCACUCGAUGAAGAAGAUGCUGCAGCACGUGUUCUUGAUCCCAUUAUUGACACUUAUAAACAAAUAUCUGAGGAAAAAAUUGAUGUUAACAUUCCUUAUGGAUGUUUUCUAAAAAAUUAUCAUAUAUGUAAUUGGUAA